CUCCUCUCUACAACACGCUUUCGAGGCAUACAUGACGCGUGCUUUUGUUCAAAAUCUUCUCAUUCACCUCACUUAUAAACAGUAUGAAGUGAUAAGUAGUUGCUCAGGCAGUGUUGAUAUCAGUACUCACUUCUUUCAAGCUUUACCAACAUAUCGCUAGACUUGUAAAAACCGCUAAACUGGCCUAAAUACACUCGUUGCUCCCAACACAAGGAUCUUUUAACUUGCCGAUACAUAUCCUGGAGCGCCUUGUGGAUAGCUUGGGUACUAAAAAAAGAUCGGCGUUGUCGAGACUGUUCGCCCAGUUUGCGAAGCUUGAAGUUCCUCAUGUUUCCGGCCCGAAUGAUAUUGUCGCCGUGAUUGGCGCGGCAGAAGCCGUGAGUGUUGAGCAAGAUCACGCUGGCCAAUUGAACUGGCUCGAGUGAUGAUCGUGGUAGGCCCGGGAGAGGAAGGGAUAAGGGAUAUUAAAGACACUGACCGAACUGGCCAGAGCAGCUUGAUAAGAGUGUGUUUUCAAGUCACUAACAACCCUUCAUCCUCCUAUUGAAAAGGAAUCGGAAAAUUAGAGCCUGCCACAAUGCCCAUCUCAAGAAACCUUGCACCUGGCAUUGUGGCCGCCCUGUUGCCGCUUGCCGCAGCAGGACCUUGCGAUAUCUACGGGUCAAACGGUACGCCUUGUGUGGCUGCCCAUAGCACCACGCGCGCUCUGUUCUUCAAUUAUAACUCGCCGCUUUACACGGUUCAGCGUGUAGACGGCACCUAUAAGGAUAUCUUGCCCGUGUCCGCUGGUGGCGUGGCGGACAGCGCAGCUCAAGACGAGUUCUGUAUCGAUACAGGCUGUUGGAUCUCUGCUAUCUAUGAUCAGUCUGGCAACGGCAACGACCUGACACGGGCCCCGCCAGGUGGAGCGGCCGAAGGUCCGGAACAGGACGGAUACGACGCUCUGGCCGAUGCCACGGCUGCCAAGGUAACGCUUGGCGGUUCGACGGUGUACGGAGUUUACGUCUCGCCAGGAAUCGGGUACCGGAACGAUGAGACGACGAAUAUUCCGACAGGCAACGCUGCACAGGGAAUCUACGCUGUGCUUGACGGAAGUCGCUACAAUGGAGAAUGUUGUUUUGACUACGGGAACGCCGAGACGAACGACCUCGAUAACGGCAAUGGCCACAUGCAGGCCCUAUACUUUGGUCUUGGAACCACCGGUGGGCACGGUAGCGGUGAUGGCCCAUGGGUCAUGGCUGACUUGGAGAAUGGCGUCUUCGCUGGCGCGGAUCCGGGUGAAGUCUCUAGUAACCCAACUGCGAACUCUCGCUUUGUUACCGGCGUCGUUAAGGGGAUGCCGAAUUACUGGGAGAUUCUCGUUGGUGAUGCCACAUCUGGCGACUUGUCUACAGGGUGGGCUGGAGUGAGGCCCAACGGUUACGAGCCGCUGGAGCAAGAGGGCGCCAUUAUUCUCGGAAUCGGCGGUGACAACAGCAACUGGGCUGAGGGCACGUUCUACGAGGGCGUAAUAACGGAUGGCUUCCCGUCCGACGAGGUCGAUCAAAUGGUUCAAGCUGAUAUCGUAGCUGCCGGAUACUCUGUUUAAGCAGUACCUGGGGUUUCGCAACGAUGUAUGACGGUAAUGAUGCCACGAAUAAUCCAUGUACAUGUCUUGGGGGGUAUAAACCCUAUGGCUCUUUCUAAAGAGGGACUAAUUGGCUCAGCCCCUUUUUACGGAGUCAUCACGAAAGUAUAUGGUAAUGCGGACACCUCUAGCUUGACUCUAAAGCCACAUUCUCUUUAGUAAAACUGUAUGAGAUAGUAUGGCAGGCGUAGAAAUGAGUAGAUAUGUGGCCUGGCAGAUCACUCUUGUUGCUGUGCAAGCCUACA